GCGUUUCAUCAUAUAAAACCAAAUUCCCACGCUUCGCUCUCUCAUUCGCUACGCUACGCUGCUUUGUUCUCUCCCUCUUCUUCUUCUUAUUCUUUUUCUUUUUUUUUCUCUCUCCUCUCUACAUCCUCUCACUGCAAACCCUAGCUGCCUUCCAAGUGUGAAAGUUGGGAGUUUGCGAUGGCUUCAAAACGUAUUAACAAGGAGUUGAAGGACUUACAAAAAGACCCUCCUGCUUCUUGCAGUGCUGGCCCUGUUGCUGAUGAUAUGUUCCACUGGCAAGCAACAAUAAUGGGUCCAGCAGAAAGCCCAUUUGCUGGAGGUGUUUUUCUUGUAUCCAUUCAUUUCCCACCGGACUACCCAUUUAAACCACCAAAGGUUUCCUUCCGCACCAAAGUUUUCCACCCUAACAUUAAUAGUAAUGGUAGUAUCUGUCUUGACAUCCUCAAGGAGCAGUGGAGCCCAGCCCUUACUAUAUCCAAGGUUCUCCUCUCAAUUUGCUCACUGCUGACGGAUCCAAACCCAGAUGAUCCUUUGGUGCCUGAGAUCGCUCACAUGUAUAAAACCGACAGGGCAAAGUAUGAGUCUACUGCUCGAUCCUGGACCCAGAAAUAUGCAAUGGGAUAGGUGCUCUCUGCUGGUGGAGUCUUAUCAUGUUUAAUGCCCUAUCAUAGUAGUAAAUAAAUAGAAAUUGAAAAAGUAUUGGAGAUUAAGAAACUUGUUUGGAAUGUUUGUCGGUCUCUUUCAGAAAAAUAUAUCAACUUUAGACUAUUUUAAUAGGUGGCUAUAGUUAUGGAAAAGUUGCUCCAUAAUUUUAUGUUUUA